GCGCCCAGGACGGGUAAACCGCUAGUAUGAUUACCGGAACGAGAACCCUCCUUCUCUUCCCUCACCCAUUGUUAUCCGUCCCGUCCUCCCUUUCUCUUCCUACGCUCCCCACCCUCGUUUUGGGCAGCGACCACGACAUCCUGCCUCUCACACACCCUCCUUCACCACACCCUCCACUGCAGUCCCUUGACCUAUUUCCGGCGCAAUGCAGGUCCCCGUUAGCUCGGAUGACGUGCCUCUGCUAUGGACACAGUCCCCGCGUUUUGUCCAGAUCAUGCGAAACGGCUCGGGCUUCCAACACCCUCAUUACUUCUGGAACCAAUCCGACAAGCUCACCUGCCUCCUCACCCGCCUCCGAGAGGACACGACCGCCUUCGGGCCGAGUGACGACUACUACCAGGCGCAAGAGCUGCUCAGCCAGCUGCUCGGCGAGAGCCAAUGCUACUCCUCGCUGACGCGCGAACAACUACGCCAGCUCGAGCCCAGCGUACGCGUGUUUGUCGACAAGGUGCAGAACCUGGAUCACUUUGUGGCGCAAUGGGACGAGAGGAGGAGGCUGAUGUGUGCGAAAGCCCCCUCGAAGAAACGCGGCCGGGGAGAUGAGGAGGAGGAGGAGGAGGUGAUGCAGCAGGAGGUGUAUGGGAGCCUGAAGCGGAGAAGGAACACCGCUGGCUCGCAGGCAAUGGAGCUGGAAACCUUUUUCGCCGCGCCUUUCGAACCCGUCUCGCCGUGGAUCCAGGCGCCACCGGCCCAGCCCGCUCUAUGGACCCCCUCCUUCUCCACGUGAUGGCCGGGCGAGAAUCAAUGCACCUUUCAGCAUUGCCGGGACUCCCGAUUCCCUUGCAGAGCACUGUUUUCUGCCUUGCACAAGCGCAUGGCGGUGAGGUGGACCGCAUCGGGAAUGCCUGAGAAAGUGCUUCCUGCUUCCCGAUGUGCGGACUGGCAUGAACUGUGGAAGCAGCUCUGGUGGCUUUGAUUGUCUGCAACGCGCAUUGUUUGGUUUUACUAGCAGCGGCAUGCGAUGUGGUUAGAUUGCCGUGGCUCAACGUCAAGGUGAUGCCUGCCGGGUGAAAAGGGCGGGCAGAAAAGUGUGUGAUGGAUAUGCGCGCCAGCGCAAGGAGACCGUCAAGGCCCCGUGUGUAACAACAAAAUGUAUUAUGCAGAGUGUAGCAUAGAGAUAUAAAGUCAACCCAUUCGAAUACCCUACCGUCCGUAA